AUGGUGUUCCCAGGCAAGCUAAGCGCCGGCUGUAUACUCUGUCGGAAGCGGAAGGUCAAGUGCGAUGAGGGCAAGCCAGGCUGUCAGCGCUGCAUCACGCACGGGGUCCCCUGUCCGGGGUAUCCCGAUGCCUUCGCUUUCCGAGGAUAUGAGGUCGCUCACGGGAGCACUGCCGGCAAGUUGAAAGUCGUCCGGAAUGCGAGGUCACCUCCCUCUAGCCCACGGGAACCGAAGCAGAAGAAGGACAGCGAGCUGAUGUCGUUGUGCUACUUUCACCACCACCAUGUGCUGCGCGUGCAGCGAUCGCCAUGUGAGGGUCAUCUGGCCUUCUUUCCGGACCUUUUUCAAGAGCGAGGGAAUGAUCCGUGCUUCAAGCAUGCCGUGCUCUCGGUGUCCUACCUGACCCUCUUCCACAAGGCGCGGGUGCCCAAGUUCCAGAUCAACGCACGAAGGCACUAUGGUCUGGCCUUGCGGCUGUUGAAUCAGGCGCUGAGCUUCAGCCAGACGCAAGUCCGCGAUGAGAUCUUUGCUGCCUCGUUGUUCUUGAGCAUGUUCUCGGAUUUGAGCGGGGAGGGUGCGACGACAGGCUUGUUGAACCCCCACAUCCCCGGCAUCUACUCCCUCAUGCAACUACGCGGCAUCCCAUCAAGAAGCAACAAGUAUAGCCGGCGACUCUGUGGCUGGGCAUACACCCAAAUGCAAGUGCAAGCAAUGAUCCGCCGGGAAUUCCGAUACGCCUGCAUGCCGCCCUCCUUCGACGAGAUCACCCGCCCGUGCACCGUGAUCCGCUCCUCGAUCCUGACGGGCAAACUGUCCGACUUCUGCAUGCAGGUCACCAACGCUCGGCGUCGCACGAGCCCCUCGUCCCCGAUCCCCGCCGACACCCUGCACGCGCUCCUGGUCCAGGCGUGCACCCUGCUGAUCGAGCUCCACAACUGGCAGGCCACCAUCCCCAACCACUGGCGCAAUCAGUACGAGAACCCUACACCCACACCUACACCAUCGCCACUCUCCGAGAAGGCCACCGCCGCGGAUCCUCACACCCGCGGGCGGGAUCCAUGGACGACCUGCUUCCUGGCCGGGGUACAAGCGGCGCAAAUCUCGUUCUACCAGCAGUUCCUCGACUGCUGGGAGGAGUGGUGCUUCCUGCAGGGCCGACACGCCUCCUUAUCCGAGCUGGCGUUGCUGGGGUUCCCCGACGACCCGGCGAUGUUCCUGCUGGAUGGGAUCGCGUAUCUGGCGGAGGUGAUUUGCGCGACGGUCACGAGUACGCUCGGUGGUCUUGAUGCAGAGGCACCCCACCGGUUCCGGCUGCAUGAGCAUGCCAAGCUGGCCAACGGGUAUACGCUGCUCUGGCCGAUGUGGGUGGUCGUCAACUGCCCCUUCGCCGACCCGGAUCAGGUCGCGCUCUGUCGGGCGGCGAUUGAGUGUGUGGGGUCCACGAUGGGGUAUAAGCUGGCCUUGCAUUUGAUUGAGCCGGGUCGUGGGAGGGGAUUGGCUGUCGACUGAAAUGUGAGACUUUCACUAUUCUACCAGAUUAAGAACGGUCAUGCCGCUGACCUAGCUCAUGACGCUCUUGCCCUACCCCACCUGCCUCACAUCCGCGCCGAAGUCAUGGUCGUCACCGAUGAAAAGCUGACGGGAGAGACCUUCAACCGGCUGCCUUAUAUGACCGCGCUCAUUUAUGAGCUCCUCCGUCUCUAC